GAGUGUGGAGGGAGGGUGGUGGAAGUCUAGGGGGGUUGAGUAGUGUAAUGUCCCUUCUGAUAUUGUCAAAAACUGUAUCAAUGCACCAAUCUGGUCCACGACCAAUAGGAUUUUCAAACCUGCCAGAUAUCAGUUGGGAAGGUGUUUUUUUUCGUGUGUGUAUAGGCGUUUUAUUUUUUAGGCAAAACUAAUGCCAACCUUUAGUUGAAGGCAGCUUUAUUUUAUACAUUUUUAAAGUUUCUCUGUAAUAAUACAAAAUGACACAUCACUCUUUCCUCUGUUUUACACAAUAUGCAAUAAUGCCACAAAAAAAUCCUAAUUCCUCAGUAAUGUCAAAAGGUUAGCCUGACCCAGAAACAAAGCAAAUCAGUGAUAGUAGAUACUAAACCUUAAUUAUUUUGCAGAGUUAAUUAUUAGCCUUAGUGACUACAACACAUCAUAACUGAUAAUGAGGUGCACAUUUUGUGGAUAUGGAAAAGAUUCAUGGAACUCAUCUCCUGGAACAGCCUCUCAUUUAGAAGACAAAAUGAUCAUCUUUGCUAUUUCCAUUGCCCUUCUCAUUAAGGCUGACCAGACAAUUGGCAAAACAAUCUAUGUGUCCAAUGGGGGGCAGCAGGGUGAAUGGGGCAAACCGGAGAGGUGCCUUGCCGGUACCGUGGCCAAAGGUCUCAGUCUGAAGGUGGAACAGCCACAAGGAAUUGGUGAUGACACAUCUUUGAAUGGGAUAAGACUCCACUGUGUAAGAUGCCGUUUUCCACAUGACGAGAACAUGAUCACCUCUGAUUUUGGCCUAUGGGGGACCUGGGGACCCACAAAGUGGUGCCCGUAUGGAUUCCUUAGCACAUUUUCCCUGAGAGUGGAAGGGUUCCAAGGACAGUUAGAUGAAACUGCCGCCAACAACAUCAAGUUUAAAUGCUCAGACAACAGUACGCUGGAGGGAGAUGGCCUCUCUUGGGGAAUGUAUGGAGCCUUGAGUGAGUCCUGUUUGUACGGCAUCUGUGGCAUUACAACAAAGGUAGUAAAGCCACAGGGUUUCGGAGAUGACACUGCCCUAAAUGAUGUCCACUUUUCCUGUUGUGCUGCUGGAGCUUACAAUACAUAACAAUUUUUUGGAAUGUUCAUAAGCUGGUUAUCAAAAUUGUCAAGGCUGAUAAAGGUAAUUCUGCAAAGUA